UCAACCAAGCUGUAUGAGUUUCCUAAGCAACGCUUCUGCCGCUGUAAGAUCCCCAUAAAAAUCGCGAUUUUUAGGACGAAUUUGAUACUUCAAAAUGUCAGAUUACGACGAUCAAGAGUAUGAUGAGGAUCAGGAAGGAGUUGAUGAGCCUGAAAUUGGUCAAGAAGAAGAAGGGGAAGAAGAGGAAGGAAAUGAACAAGAGCAAGAAGAAGAAGAGAAAAUUCCAGAGGUUCCAUUGACCGAGGAUGUGAUAGCUGAGAACCUGUCUUUACUCUGCAAAACUGGAAAUGGCUUAGCGCAUGCUUAUGUCAGAUUAGACAUCAAAGAGAGGGAAAUUACAGACAUCAGCGUCUUGAGCCAAUACAUCCACUUGAGGUACAUUGACCUCACCACGAAUGCUCUCCGUGACAUUUCACCUCUCAGCUCGCUGACCCAUCUCUUGACCUUGAACUGUGACCGCAAUCUCUUGGCUUCGGCCAAGCUGGAUGAACUACCGUACCUUCAGGUGGCAAGUUUUGCUUACAACAGGAUACAAACGACAGAAGGCAUCAACCACCCAUUAAUUGAAUCUCUUAAUCUCUCUUUCAAUGAAAUCAGUUUGGUGAGUGGCCUUGAACCAUCCAAACUAAGCAAGCUACACACAUUGGAAUUAAGAGGAAACAAGUUGACCUCCACAGCAGGAAUUUAUCUGCCCAACCUCAAAAACCUCUUUCUGGGCGCUAACAUGAUCACUAAACUGGAGGGGCUGGAGCGACUGGAGCACCUCACGACGCUCCAUCUCCGUGACAACCAGAUCUCAAACCUGGACGGUUUCUCAGAGAACAUGAGGAACCUACAAUACAUCAACAUGAGGGGGAACAUGGUGAGCGAUGUGAAGGAGACGGCCAAGAUGAAGUGUCUGCCCAAACUCCGGGCCCUGAUCCUCUCCGAGAACCCCUGUUCAGACGAUGAUGAAUACCGGAUGGAGGUUCUGAUCGGUAUCAGGAGAAUAGAACGUCUUGACAAGGAUGACUACAACGAGGAAGAGAGGCAGGAGGCAGAAGAGAUCUACGAGACGAGGAGAGCGGAAGAGCUGGCUGCCGGAGAGGGAGCAGAAGAAGUCAUACAGUCGGACGGAGACGACGCCUGAUACUUCAUCGCUUUCAA